UCGUUUACAAUCAAUUGUUAUUUUUUACUGUAUAUCUGUAAUUUAUAUAGCGAUUAAAAAUACAAUUUUAUAAAUCCUUGAGAUAGUGAAGUAUUGGACUGUAAGAACUAAACUGAUCGUCAAGCGUCACACAAACUGAGUGCGAUUUGUUUACAUUUGGUUUGUUUGUUGUUUAUUUUUACCGCGUUUGCCGGUUUUUAGUUUGUUUUAAAUAAAACAUUCAAUUUUAAACAAAAUAAUGAACAGUUGGGAAGAAAUAAGUGAAUGUUCGUAUCUUCUGAACCAUGCAAGAAUGGUAGAGAAGAUUUAUAAUCAUAAUUUUGCGAAUAAGAAAAUAAAAGAAGCGCGUUUCAGUAAAACGCUUUUCGACAUAAACGUUCCGUACGAUCGUCGAGAGGAGACGAGAGAUGAAAAUCAGAUUGCUAAAAAACGGAAGCGUAUGAAAACUAUUGGAGCUUUUGAUGAAAUCACGCAAAGGAUUUUAGAAAACCAUUCCUCUACUCAGCACAGAUUGAAAACAAAUUCGGAACAAACAAGCACCAACAACAAGCAAGCUCUUGAUUUUGUAGAUCAGUUUAACAACUCUACCCAUUACGAUGGGGACCAAUGUUUUCGGGGGCAAAACGCAACGGAAUGUAGCAUCGUUACCGAGAUGAAUGGUGAACAUUUUCUGAUACCUCCACGAGUGUCGUUCAUCAAUUCCUCCAUCGAUAGAUUCACAGAAUAUAUCGACGGGAGCGAAAUAUUUGAUCUAAUCGUGCUCGAUCCACCGUGGUGGAAUAAAUACAUUAGGCGUGUGAAAGCUGCUAAUAGCAAAGCUGGCUAUCGCAUGCUAACAAAUGAGGACAUAAAAGCGAUCCCCUUGGAAAGGCAUCUGCACCAGAAUACCUUAGUGGUUGUCUGGUGCACCAACGCACCUUCCCACAUUGAGGCGGUAUCGAAAGAAUUUUUCCCGAAAUGGGGAGUAGAAUUAGUGGCUUGCUGGUACUGGAUAAAAAUUACCUCAGCUGGCGAACCAGUCUGCAAAUUCAAUGAACCGACACAGAAACAACCUUACGAGCGUAUCUUUAUCGGCUUACCGGUCGGUUCAACCAUUGCAAAAACAUUUCCUCGCGAACGAUUCCUCUAUUCGGUACCAAGUGCAAUACACUCCCACAAACCACCUCUUUAUGAUUUAUUCACAUCGAAAUUCAUACCGCAACAAGCCACCUGCUUAGAACUAUUCGCCCGCAGCCUCUAUCCCGGCUGCACCUCAUACGGAAUGGAAGUGUUAAAACUGCAAAACAAACGCCUGUAUGAACUGGCCACGGAAGACGAAGAUGGAAAGACGGACGGUUGCGUUGCAUUUGAAUAA